AUGUUUACAAAAUAAUUCCUAUAAUUGAGAAGUGUGGCAUUCAUUUCAAGAACUAGAGGAGGUUUAGCUAGUGAAAUUUAUGUUAGAAAAUCCCAUAAAUUCUUACAUUCUAUCUACAAAAAAGAAUCCCCUAUUGAAAAUGCAUAAUAAAUUGUAAAAGAUUUCAAAUUGACCUUGGGAUAGAGGUAUGCUUUCAUUAUCUAAAUCAUUAAGAUAUUAACAUGGAUUUGAACUUGAAGAAAUGAAAGAAGCAUCUCCUCUAGUUCAAAAAGCAUUUAGUCUUAAUAAUGCAACAGAUAGCUAAAUAGUUGCAUAUCGAAUUUAAUAAGCUAUUAAAAAAUAUUAAAAAUGGCCUUUAGAUACUGCCAGCUCAUUAGUCAAAGCAGCAGUUUUGAAUGAAAGAGUCAUCUCAUUGAUGAAUCAUAUGGAAAAGAAUAGAUAAGAUAAAUAUUGUGCACUCACACUCACAAAAUUAUUAUCUGCUAGAAGAAAAGCCAUGUAUUACUUAAGAAUUCACGACUAUUAAGGAUUUCUAUGGUUAGUUGCUGAUUAUGGUUUGAAAGAUCUCAAAUAUCAUAAUCAUAAUUACUUAAGACAUAAACAUAUAGCUGCCACAAAGAAAAAAAGAUAUACAAGAAAAGACACAAAUAAGACAAGAUGGGCAUUAUGAGAUAAAUAUUUAUUAGUAAAUUAUAC